UUGUAGGGGUUAAAAAUCUGUACUGCAACUAAAUAAAACAAGGACGGAAAUCUGAAGGAUGGCAGCAAAUCCUUCAGGACAAGCCCCCAUAUUGUCUGACUUAAAACAUGAAUUUUGAUUUAUGCAUUUUCAAGAUAAACAAGCACCAACAGAAGGCUGUUGAGUAAUGUGUCAAGUUAUAAGCUUUUUGGCUGAAUACUGCGUAGAGGACUUUAGCAAAGGCCCCCUUAAAGGUUUCCAGAAUAAAAAUAGAGUUGCAAUUCUGGCAGAACUAGACAAGGAGAAGAGAAAGUUACUUAUGCAAAACCAAUCUUCCACAAAUCACCCUGGAGCCAGCAUUGCACUUGCAAGAUCACCGCUGAACAAGGAUUUCCGUGAUCAUGCUGAGCAACAGCACAUUGCAGCACAGCAGAAGGCUGCUCUGCAGGAAAAAUGUUUAUCCCAUUCAAUCUGGGAGAAAGUGAAGGAGUCCUGGUAAAGACUUGAUUCAGAAGUACACCAAUGCACACGUCCUGCUUAAGGGUACUCCCAACCUGUGUUCAUCACUGACUUUGGUGGCUGUGGACCAAACCACAGAGCUUAUUGCCUGACAUUGCCCGUCAGCAACCACAUGAUGUUUGAAACAAGUUGUAAAUGAUGCCUGAACCCUUCCUGGAGUACUUUGCAGAGAUUUGGGGCCACUGGCAGGAGACACUAACAAAAUCUACACCCUCACUGAGAGGGGCUCUCUCUGGGACCUUUAGAGCAGAAUUUGGUAAAAUAUCAGACAGCCAGGGAUAUAUUUCUCACUUUCAGAUGGGCCUUACAAACACUAUAGCUGAAGGGACAUAUACUCUGAUUUAUAAUCACACUUGUGCUUUCAGGUUCGGGAUUGAAGCCACACGAGACUGCAUUUUCAUUUGUAACUCACAGGCUGUCUGUGAAAGCAAGGAAAUUCUGGCUUGGUAGCACUGUAGACAGAACAUGAGUGACUGACUGACAAACAUAGUCUUUCUGAGUCUUUCUGUUAUUUUACCCCUCAUACGUCUUUGGCCUCCAUCUUGGAGCUUAUCUGAGGACUUAUUUUCAAAGAACAACAGUUUUCAGAGAAUGUAGGCUAUGCAUGCAAAAAUACAACACUACAAUGCUUCGGUAACCACGGUUCCUAUGAAGAAGUCAUGUUGGUGAUUGAUUUACCUGAGAACAGUCCAACAACAUUAAUAAUCCUUACAGAAACUUGCAGAAUUGCAUGAAAUAGCCACCUGUACAGGCACAGAACCUUCUUUCCAAUUUUCUGUCACUGAGAUGAUUUAUCAUAUGGGGAAAACCACAUUUGUUAAUGUGUUAAUGCUUGCCAAAACAUGCACACACCCUGCAUCUAUCCAGAAAACUACGCUAUUAUCUGAUGGUUUGUGGGGAGCCCCAUGCCAGAGCUUUUAUGUUUAAAGGCGCUUUCUCAGUGUCUAGACACCAAGUGCUCUGUCCCAUGCAAGGGUCAGCAGCUGUAGUGUGUGUGUGUGUGUGUUUGGCAAGAGAAUAAAAAAGGAUUGCCAGACAGGUUAUUGAGAUACCCAUCAGAACUGGUGAGUUUUCGAAUCUGAUUUCUCUUUAGAUCUCUGCAUUCUUCCUAAGCCCUAAAAGCAAGGACAAUUCCUCACACAACUCCUGCUGCUGUUCACCCUGCAAAUCAGCAAUCACCCUCUCAGUGAUUAGAAAAGACAGGGAACUGUAUUCAUCCCCUCUCUAAGAAAGCAAACAUACUAAUCUACCAACCACGUAACUAUAAAUUCACAAGAUAAUGAUCUCCGUCAUAUCUGAAUGCUCCUAAGUCCCCCAAAUUUAUACUUCCUGUGGCCUUUACUUGUUUUUGUUGUCAGCUCAUGUGAAGGUACUGACACAUAGCACACACUCCAGGCAGGUAACACUUUUGUUCAAAGGCAGCAAGGAUGCUGCAAGCAGCCUGGUUCCCAGGGGGUGAGCUGCGAGAGACCGCCGCGCUCCUUGUGCACAGUCGUCCAUGUCUGGUAAGGCGCUGACCCCGCCUGACCCACCUCUGACCUGGAGUAGAAGCUCUGCUGAGCAGUUUGAGGAUCUCAGAGACGCUCAUUUUAUAGCCAUGUAAUAAAUCCCUUUUCCAGAAGGGCUCCACACCCAGCAUACUGAAAGACCUCCGGCAGCAUGGAAGGGGUGACAGGCUGCAGCUGGAGCAGAUGGUGCUACAGAGGACAGAGCUUCGCUUUCUGCGUUGUAGCAUGGGUGACGCUUGUCCUGCGAGCGGCUUCCUCAGAGAGCCCCAUGCACCAGAGCAGCAUCUGGCCACCCCUGAGCCUCCCAAGAUAUUUCUGAGUGCCCCUCACCGAGGAGCAGAUGCAGAAAUCUCCUAAAUGCAGGUGAACCUUGUAUUAUGGAGUUAACUGCCUCAAGGCUAGUCGUAGCCUUUCUUCUCAGCACCAGUUGCUUCUGUCUGCCCAUCCCAGGGGGGUAUAUUUGAAGCAAUAUUGCUGUCACAUAGUUUUCGUCUUGUUCUAUUCUAUUGCCUGCCAUCAUGGGUACUGUUUGCCAUUUUGCUCAAGGACAAGAAUAAUUUAAAAACUUGUAAGUAUAGAAGGAGUUCUGCAAUGAAUAAUUAUGUUACAUAUGGGAUUUUGCCUUCAAGCUUUUCCCAGGUAUAUAUAGCUUUUGGUGGGUAGGCAGCAGCAGGCAUGUGUCCUGCACUGCCAGUCUUGAGUGUAUAUUCUCUUUCAGCUGCUUAUAAGAAUUUGAUUCUUAGAGCAAACUGUCUAUAUACAAAUGGCUAGAUGUAGCCAUCCUUUUUUCUCAUAAAUAUUCUCACUGGGCACUGAUCAAUACUGUCAGUGGUGAAGACUAUAACAUAGUAAACCACUGGGUAACUCUAAAAUGAAAUCUUGUGUAUCCUUCCAGGAAUAGCUGCCAAGUUCCAUUUGUCUUUGGCAUACAUUAUAAUACAAACAACUAGCUCAUUUCAGACCCCACCCUGAUAAUGUGUGAACUGACAUCUCCAAAGCGUGUCUGAAGAGGCAUUAUGCCAUAACAACCCUGAACAACUUCUGCAUUGGUUGCAGUGAUGUUAUUCCUUGGUAAACAACGUCCAGAGCACAACCCUCAGGUGUGUUCAGCUGCCGUCAGGAGACAUCAUAAUCUCUGUGAGAUCGUUCUGGGGAAUGACUCCAGCCUGCUUAAGCCAUGUUUCUGAGCACAGUUUAUGGAGCUACCUUGAAGACCCCAAAAGCCCCAUGGCUGCUCACAGAGUCUGUGAGCUUCCCUGGGAUGGUUUCCCUUAAGCAUGAAAGGAGGAGGAGAGGAUACGCAGCCAUCCCAAGGGCUGUGGAAGCACAGUGGUUCUUAAUGUGGGAAUCUGGAUUGAAUCAGAAUACAAACAGAAACCAAAAGCUGCUGAGUUCAUGAUUCUAAGAGUUAUCAGAACUUUACUACAUUGUUUAGCUGAGUCUACAUUAACCAAUUAUGCUCACACUUAGACCGAAGAAAAGCACUUUGUCCGUGUGCAGCAGACAAAAAUACAUCUAGCCACUCCUGUCACCUCUCCACACCCCCACUUUUCUGUCUCUUCAUCCAGAGACCUCUGUUUUUCCUUUCUCUUUGUCACUAAAGCCACUACAGGACCCUUGAAACUAUGCCUCUGCUUUUCCCACAGCCACCACUGACUCAGAGGAGCUCCCUCAGCCUUGUAUAAAGGAACUGUGCAUUUGUCCCACUGCUGCCACUGUGCAUCUAGAAGGGGAUUUGUUUAGUAGAAUUUCCCAAGUGAUGUAAAUCCAGUUCCAGAAUAAAUUAUGAUUUGUUUUUCUCUAUCCCUCAUCCACCUGAGGAAAUUCCUGUUGUCCCUCAUCCAGUUCCUAUUGUCCUGCAUUGACUUCCUAACACCAGCCUAAACAUGCCUCUAUUCUCUAGCUGGUAGUUAUCUGAAUGAUUUCACUUUUUUUCUUUUUCUCAUGUUCCUUUGACAGAAUCAAAGAUAUUCUGACUCUGAUUCUCAAACACAGUUGCCAUCAAAUGAACAGGCAAAUGCUCAAUGAAAUUUCCUUGCAACUCUCAAGAGAUUUUUCCAUUUAGGAAAUUUCUCUUUCAGAAUAAAGGGUUUAUUGGCUUUAUUAGCUUUAGUUUUCUAGUCUUUAACUUUUUUAAAGCCUGCUCUUGGAGAAAAUAUUAAGCCUUGACAAACAACUGUCUUAUAUCCUUGGAUGCACAUUUAGUUUAAUUCUUGAUUGACUUUAAAACAGAACUGUGUAGAGAGUAGACUUUACUAUCGAAAUUCUAAGCACAAAAUAGAACAUCUGAAGCCAAAUUAUGCCUUGGAAUUUAUGUUACUGAAUCACAGUUCCGGAUUCAGGAAAACAUCUUUAUACCAGAAAAGCUCUUAGGAUGUAAGUUUUCAGUCUUUUUGAAGUAAGAUUAAAUAAGCACGUGGUUAAAUCAGGCUUGCUUUUAAGUACAUUCCUGAGUAAGGAAGGACUUACAAAAUUGCUUAAAUGUUUUCCUGAAAUACAACCACAGAAGUUAAACAGGGUAUGACAGCAACUAUUUCUUGGUUUCCCUAUUUGCAUUUUGCUAAUAAAAAUGUUUUGCAAGCCCAUGGGAAUUUCCUAUCUAUGCUGAUAUUCAUACUUGAAAAGCAUGAGAGAGCUAUGCCUUCUUCUACAAUAUGUUUCAAAAUGUAAAUUGUUUACAUUGAUUAAAGAAAGCAGUCACCUUUCCAGAAAACAGUUUAUUAAAUAAAUGAGAAUUGGUCACUACACCUAAUUACAGACAGAAUACUGUGAAUAAAGCAUGCACUUAUCACAGAUA